AGUCCUGAGCUUCACUGAAGCCCGAAGCGGAGCCACAGAUACACAGACAGACAGAGCCACAGCCACAGACAGCCAGAGCCAGAGCCACAGACAGCCAGAGCCACAGACAGCCAGAGCCACAGCCACACUGGGACGUUCAGCAAACAGCAGAGAGAACAGCUACAGCCACACAGGUGAUCUCUGAGGAAAAAUGGCAAAAGGAGUGAAGGUUGUUCAAGGGCUUCUGAUAUUUGGAAAUGUAGUAAUAAUGUUGUGUGGCCUGGCAUUGACCGCUGAAUGCAUCUACCACGUUUCAGAUCAGCAUGGCCUUUGGCCUCUCCUUUCAGCUGCUCACAAUGAUGAUAUAUUUGCUGCUGCUUGGAUUGGGCUCUUUACUGGCUUCUCUUUCUUUAUACUGGCUAUAGUUGGUAUAGUUGGAGUCAUGAAAUCAUUCAGAGGUCUUCUACUUGCAUAUUUAAUUUUGAUGAUUAUUGUCUUCAUUUUCGAAGUAGCAUCCUGUAUCACAGCUGCAACACACCGAGAUUUUUUUGUUCCAAACUUCUUCCUCAAACAAAUGCUCACGUUGUAUGAAAACAGAAACUGGCAGAAUGAUGAACAAUUCCAAAACUAUGUAGGCUUGACUACAGCCUGGAAACGUAUCAUGCCGGAGAAUGAGUGCUGCGGUAUAAAUGGACCCCAGGAUUGGAUUAAUUUCAAUUCUGCAUUCAGAGAAUCUCAUUUGGAUGCGGACUUCCCCUGGCCACGGCAAUGUUGUACAACCAAUUCGGUUGCCCAGAUAGAGAAUGUGGAUGCCUGCAAACUUGGUGUUAAUGGCUUUGUUUAUACCCAGGGUUGCUUUGAAUCAAUUGUUGGUCCACUGAACAGACAUACUUGGGGUGUAGCGUGGUUUGGAUUUGCUAUCCUUUGCUGGACUUUCUUUGUCCUUGUUGGAACAAUGUACUACUAUGCCAUUCUGGAUAUUUAAGCCCUGUUAGCUUCCUAUAUGAGCUUGUAUAAAAUCUGAUUACAACAACCUUCAUGUGUGGCAAUACUGAGGACAGCAUAAUUCUGCCUGAACCUGUGAAGUAUUGGAAAUUGUAUUUGUUUUUAAAUUGGCCUGAUAUGUCUUCAUUUGUUGGCUUAAAGAGAUGGUUGUAUUUACUGUCUCUUUUUAUAAAUGGUUGAACUAUGGUUGAAAUUGUACUUGUUUUCAAAACUUGUGUCCAUUCUAAAACCAUGAUAAUAGCCUUUUAACAAGGAUCAUCUUAAUUAUUCAUUGUUUUAAAAAAUAUUGGUUUAAUCAUUAGUUUGAGACUGCAGUUGCCAUUCAGAAAUCAAGAUUCUCCGACCCUCCCACCCCUUUCACUUGACAAUGGAUAGUUACAGUGAGAGUCUAGAAAUGCUCUAAAAUCUGUAGGAAAUUCAAGAUAGUUGUGACAAAUGUUAAAUUGUCUUUGAAAAGAUGCUGGAAGAAAGGACCCAUUCUUCCACCACUCUAGCUAGUUGCAUCUCAAACUUGGCAUCGAAGGAUUUUGUUAAAUACAUUGCAAUAUAACCAGAUUCCUUGUUGUGUAGCUUAUUUGGGAAAAUAAAACUUAUAGCUUUCUAGAUCACCCUUCUAUUCUUUUUCCUGAUCUUCCCCUCCCCAUUCCAAGCGAUUUAAAAAUUGUGGUUUCGAGGACAGGUGGAGGGGUAAGGACCGGAGACUGAUUCCAUAAUGUAAAGCAUAGGUCUUCUUUAUGGAUUUGUUUCCUUUAUCUGGUCUUGAAGCUAAAAUAAGUUACUAAAGAGAAAAAGGAUACAGUUAUAAAUAUCUGAAUUGAUACCUUAAGGAUCUUUAAAUCAUGAUGAUACUGUAUUUUAAAUAAAAUGAUCAAUGAC